UAAAGUCAAUGUCAGAGCUUGCGGUCAUAUAUAGUCAGCUUCUCAAAUCCUUGAACAUUCAUCUGCAGUGUUUAUCUGAUGUUUAUUUAACUGGUGUAAACAAUGAAGAGCCAGGCCGUGGUGACGACCUUUCUAUUCGUUUUUCUGGCGAUGAGUGAACAGCAAUGUCCGCGGUCAUGGACACGGUUCGAAGAAGCCUGCUACAUACUACCAGACCAGAAUGUCACGUGGUUCGAAGCAAGGGAGCUGUGCAUGGCGAUCGCUGGAAACCUUGUGGAAGUGAAAAGUGCUGACGAAAAUAAUUUCUUGAGCAGCUUUAUAAAGAGUCACGCAGUGCGUGGGGCGUGGAUCGGACUGGAAGAUUUUGUAGAGGAGGGUCGCUUUGUUUUUGCCUCAAACCAGGAGGUACCAUCGUACACUAACUGGGGCCACGGCCAACCAGAUGACCUGAAUAGGAAUCAAGACUGCGUGUGGAUCCCUAACCAACCAACGCGGUGGACCGUUGGCUUCUGGGACGACAUGGAGUGCAGCAUCAAGACGCCUACCAUUUGCAAAGAUUCCCUACGUGCACCAUAACACAAGGACAGCACUUCCGAAGCAUUAGCGGAUUUACAACCUUAAGUCUUGAUGUGAAAUCGUGUCUUGGUGCUAAUGUGGACUUGAACAUCACACACCGAAUAAAAGUCUAAAUGUA